AAAUACUUUCUCCUUUUCAUGUACCUAUUCUUCGGUGACGAUUAACUGCAAUGGGCGUUACGGUGCGGAGCAAAAGGAGCUCCAAGAAAUUAACCAGGUUGAAAAUCGGGAGGAGAAGUUGGACAAACGUGUAACAGGAGGAUCAUGCAACGAUUGUUUCAGAAGAUGUGCUUCACUCGGCUACCCAAAAUUAUGGUGCAACUCUAUUCUUUGUAAUUGUCGGAUUGAAGAAACAGUCAAAUUUGACUCGUCGCUGCCCAACUUUUUCCAACAAUUUUUCCAGAAUUUGUAACAUUUAUUCUAUAACAAAUAAAUAUAUAAAUACAUAUAAUUUGAUACUACAUAAGAAAGUAAGUACAUAUGCAAUUACUGUAAUACACUUUAUUGUUUGUGCAUAAAUUUUGAAGGUUUUUUGUAUUUACAAUGUAAUGCUUUAAUUGGGUAGCUGUAAUGCAUAUAAUCAAACAAUACAAACAAGUUUUAACCAAAUUUAUUAGCCUGGGACGAACCUUGUCGGAGAAUUAUUUUUAUGAACAGAAUUUAAUGAAUACAUAUUUUGGACUGCUAAGCUCCAAAUCAUUAACAAUACCGCAUAUCUUUAUUAGAAAUGUAAUUAAUGUUUACCUAAUGCAAAUAAAUGUGUAGAUUGGCAUUUUGUACUCAUUCGUUAUCCUAUAUAGCUAACAUGUACAAAUACUUGGACAAGCUUGGUAUUAAAGUUUUACUACUUCAGUAGUAAAUUUUUAUAGACAUGUAUAAUGUUGAUACCAAGCGGUAGAAACUUUAAUACAGAGAAACCAAUACCUGCGUGACUGAACCAGAUUUCCAACAGGGCGUAAUUACUGAUGUGAGUUAGCAGUAAAUACAAUAUGUAGAAACCGAUAGGUUCAAUCAAAUUCCCAGCUCUGCGAUGUCUUAUUACCAAAAAUUUGUGCUGGUCAUGUUGGCACAAAACAAGUUUAAUAUGAGGAAAAUUAGUUAUGUAUAUACCCCGGGCAAUUAUGCACAUCCUCAAUUUUGUUAUCUAAAUGCCAAAGUAAAAAUUGUUACGACAUUUUGUCAUUUGUAACCCAUAACCCAACAAAAUUGUAAUACUAAUACUCCUAAACAUGUAUUUACAUAUUUACCUAUUCAACAGAGAACCAGAAUUGAAAUAAAUUUUUCUAACCAUACUAAACACAUUUUCUACCAAAAUUUCUCACUCAACUAACAUCCAUCUUGAAGCCAUCACGGUAUAAAACCUCCAUUUUCUAGAUUGCUUUCCGUAAAUUUCUACUAUUAUAUUCCUUCUCGUAAGCUAAACAAUGACUUAAACAAUGACGAGACCAACAACAAGUGUUCACGAUGCCCCAUAUCAUAUGGUGGAAGUUGAAAUAAAACUUAUUUGGCUCGCCUUGGAAAAAUUGUAAACACUUUGAACUCAAAUAUCUCGGAAUGGGGCAGACGAAAUUGCUAAGUUGUUAUAUUUAAAAUAAUCUAGAUUUUCUGAACUAUCUUUUGGUACAAGAAUCAGCGCUGGACUCGUUACCCCCCUUUCCUUUGUCCUAUGCCGCCGCUCCAUAGCCUACUGUGCACCGUCUGGAUCAUAACAGUUGUCACGCUUCUUUUGUCUGUUUUCCUUCUAUCUCUGGGAUUUUACGCUUUGAACAAAAUAUUCUACCUGUUUGAGCUUUUGUUAUACUUUUACGGCUGCCUGAUCGACGAAGUUAGCACCGUCCCGGAAAAGUUGAGCAAUUUCGUUCCCAUUAGAUUCAUAAAUAUUCCGUGGCUCUUGAUCGGCGCGCUGCUAAGUUCUUGCUACUUGAGUAUUUUCAUCACAAAUUUAAACUCACCGCUUCCCGGUGAACGGGUCGAUUCGUAUGAAAAAAUUUCUUGUCAAGAUAACCCUCAAAUAAUCGUGAACAGCACCAUGAUAAGGCACAGGACUAACGAGAGGCGUUUGUUGGAGGGGGAACACAGCAAAAAUUUAACAAUUCCACCCUUCGUUAAAGGUCUGGGAGGAUUCUGUUACACAGUUUUGUCCGAAUUCGUACCAAACUUUUGGAUAAAGUAUUACGUUGCUAAUUUUAAAUUUUCCAAGUUUUAUUCGGAUUUUAACUACAAGUCGGACAAUUUCCCCCCACAUUUGCAACGUUUACUGUAUUUCAUGCUGAAUUCAAGGAUUCGUAAGUAUCCGGAAAAGUUGAGAUUUUCAAACAAUGUAACCACUAACGAAGUAAAUCGUCUUAUCGAGGAAGAAAUUUUGCAGUGUGAGAGAUCAGCUUAUAUCGGACCGUCAAGUGAGGUUAACGCCUAUUAUGACUACUUGACGAGAAAUUAUCCCACGAAAAGUUGGUACCGUGGGGAGAAAACGAUUUUUGAAAGUCUGGUCGGAUUUACCUUGAGGGUUGGGCGGGAAUCAAGGAUGGUUCGUUAUUUUAAAAUGUUUUUAGAUGCAGGGAUUUACAGUCAGGUUGCUAAUCAGGUCGCCCUCGAUGCGACAUUAUUGCGAGAAAGAAAGGCUAAAUUUGGAAACUAUGAGAAAUUUCGGUACGCCACCUCCUUCCAGGCGGUAAGACUUGGCGACAGUAUUCAAACGACUUUCAUACUACUCACCACAUGUCUAGCGGUCUGUUUUUGUGGGGUCGUCGUUGAAUAUGCUUCAUACAAUGGGACAAAUAUCAUCCAAUGGGACGAGUUUACAUUCAUUUGGGGAAAAUUUAUGAAAAGUGCACAGCAAUUCGUGUGUCACAAAAAAUAACGUGUCGCGCAUCUGAAUGCAUGGCGUAUGAAUUUACUCAAUAAACUCAAUAAAAGCGAUUUAAACUUCUUGUCAAUAAUUUACAUCUCAAAUUAAAUUGAAAAGAAAUUAAGAGUCGAUUUCUCUACACGAAAGAAAAUUGCAUGCAUCCCAUCGGCGACUGCAUGAGAAAUCUCAAUUCCACAAUGAAACCGAGGUGAAUAUCCAGUCUCAUUUUA